GUGGCAAAAAUGAAGAUCCACUAGACAGUAUUUUCAGCUCCUCCCAUUUCAUAUCCUCAAAAACAAAUUUUUAAAAAAGAAAAGAGAAACGAAAAUCCGAUGAGCUCCUUCACCACCAAAACUUCACCACCGUAUCUCCGCCGGUCAAACGACCAUCGCCGUAUAAAUCCACUAAUCUCCAUCAUUUGCUCCGUAGGAGAAUCCCAACAAGACAGCUUCACUCGCCGGAGAACCCUGACAUCGCUUAUAACACUCACGGCCAUCGGGGCCGGUGCCAUCGCCACUUCAUCAGCAUUAGCACAGGAGAAAUGGGGAACGAGGUCAUUCAUUAAGGAGAAAUAUUUCCAGCCAGGUCUAUCGCCGGAGGAUGCGGCGGCGCGUAUAAAACAGACGGCGGAAGGAUUAAGAGACAUGAGGGAAAUGUUAGACCAUAUGUCGUGGAGGUACGUCAUCUUCUACAUAAGACUAAAACAGGCUUAUCUGUCUCAGGAUCUGACCAACGCCAUGAACAUCUUGCCGGAGAGUCGCCGGAAUGAUUACGUUCAAGCGGCAAAUCAGCUAGUCAGCAACAUGAGUGAGUUGGAUUUUUACGUACGGACGCCGAAGGUGUAUGAGUCGUAUCUCUACUACGAGAAGACAUUGAAAUCGAUAGACGACGUGGUGGAGCUUCUUGCCUAAAUGUUAUAUCUUCACAUGAAAUCUCUGUACUCAUUACAUUACGUUACAUUGCAUUACAAGUUUACAUUAUAUAUAAACUUAAAAGAUCAUAUUGUAGAUUAGA